CCCGAGAUGAAUCCCAAUCACUCAGAAAUGAAUCACUCCCCCCCUCCCACCCCAAUCUGUUUGCAGAAUUGUCAGUUGUGCAAUUGAGUGGCUGACAUGCUAACCCUUCCUGCUUUGCCUGAUAUCUUCCACCAUGGAACUGCUGAAAUGUAUGUGCGUGGAGGUUUGUUUUCCCUUUCAACAUAACCUUGGGAAGGCGGAACAGCGAAAUUCUGAGAUGCAGAUGAAUCAUCAUCUUCUCAUUUGCCAGUGAUGCUUUGAUUUAAAAAAUGAGAAGGGGAGCGAGAGAGAGAGACAGGUUACUUUUUGGAAGAUCUCCCUGCUUCCCCAGCAGAAAGCUAAGCAGCCAGCUGGUAACGCUUUACCUAUAGCUGUAAUUGGCUGUGCUAGAACCGCUGACAAGCUAAACAAGGGAUCUGUAUAGUCUUUAUUUUUCGCAGCAAAGGAAAGCAAAUGCCAGCUCAAUGCGCAGCUCAACGCCCGUGGCACGAGAAUGAAUUCAAUAUACAGCUGAAUAGCACUUCUUUUUUUUUUUACAGAAAACCCUCAAGUAUGAGGUAUCAAUGAGGCAUUUGUUUUUUUCAGGGCUACAGAUAAGGGGUAGGGGGAAGGGUGUACACUCUCCCGAAAUAACUAUGACAAAGACAGCGGAGAGCUUAUGGGGCGAAGGAAGGAAUUUUACACAGAAUCAAUAAAGGAAUACAUAGUAUUCAGUUCAUUUAUUUCUCCCAGCAAAGAGAGAGAGAGAGAUGCUGUUUUAUAACCAACGUGUUUCCACCCUCCCCCCCUCCUCUUUCUUCGUCUCAUUUGAAAACUGAUUACACGUUGCUUAUCGACUCCGGCACAAUUCCACCCCAUUCUCGCAUAGAUCUUGGAGGGUUUAUAUCACAUACAUUAUUUAUCAUAUUUUAUAAAUCCAACAGUACUCCAAUUUUUUUUUCCACAUUACCAGGAGCCAGUGGGGAAGCUGGCUGCUGAUUGGGGCGGGCAAAAUCACGUGCCCCGGAGUCACAUGGUCAGGGAGGAAAAAGGGGGUCCUUUUUGGUGUAAAUCUGGACUCUUAAUUCCGUAAUAUAUCACGGUACCUCGUAAAACCGACACUAAAACGUCCCGGCCUACAAAUCACCCGGCCAAAUUAUGAGUUCAUUGUAUUAUGCGAAUGCUUUAUUUUCUAAAUAUCAAGCCGCAAGUUCAGUUUUCCCAUCCGGCGUCUUUCCUGAGCAAAGUUCGUGCGCGUUUGCCUCCAAUACCCAACGAACGGGGUAUGGAUCUGGAUCCAGCGCCUCUUUCGCUGCUUCCAUGCCCGGGCUGUACGCCAAUGGGAGUAGCAUGCACCCCCAAACCUCUAGCAUGUAUUCCACCAGCUACGGCCUGGAAGCCAGUUCUUUCAACAUGCACUGUUCUCCGUUUGAGCAAAACCUCUCGAUGAUGUGCCCGGGAGAUGCCUCCAAGCAGACGUGCAGCAAAACGGAUCAGAGGGACUCAGACUUGCAAAGCGAAAGCAACUUCCGGAUCUAUCCCUGGAUGAGGAGUACAGGGACUGACAGAAAAAGAGGACGUCAGACCUACACCAGGUACCAAACCCUGGAACUGGAGAAAGAAUUCCACUAUAACCGCUAUUUGACCAGAAGAAGACGCAUCGAAAUUGCUCAUGCUUUGUGCCUGACAGAGAGGCAGAUCAAAAUCUGGUUCCAGAACAGACGCAUGAAGUGGAAAAAAGAAAACAAAACGGCAUGCACCGGUUCAAAUAGCCAGGAGAAACCAGACGCGGAAGAUGAUGAAGAAGAAUGAAAGGGAUGGGGUUUGGGUGUAGGGGGACUUUAGUCCAAAAAGCGAAUCCAGGAAACGUGAAACCUAAACAUACGGGACUAUAUAUAUAUAAAUGAAAUCAAAAUAAAAAACAAGCCUGAGAAUGAUGCAUUCUGUUUCCUGAUACUGAAAAAAAAUACUACCUAUAUUACAGUCUUUGGUUUUUUUGUACAAUAGAAUGGAUAAUAAUAUCUACCUAUUAAAUGUGGCUUUAGAGUCAGAUAGAUACAUUUUUCUAUGUGGGUCUUCAUAUCGUACAAGUAUUUGUAAAUCUCUCUGUUUGUAUUUCCUUGUGUAUUUUUUUGGUAUGAAGUAAUGUCGUGUUAGCACCUUUAAUUAGAAAAAUGUGAUCUGAAAGUAAGAGGGGAAAUUAUACAUAGCGUAUAUAGUACUCUGUACAUAAUAUGAAUGAUCAUUACCGCUUGUUCUGUUGUAACCUCUGUGGUUCUUUUCUGGUUGCUAUGCUGUUUUGUCUGUGUAUAUUUUUACCUGGACCACUUCCUUGUUCAAGUCAUUAGGAAAAAAAUGAAUUAAUAUUGUGCUGAGUAAAGCGGUGUAUAUCAAGGUAGAAGAUUAUUUAAUAGCGGCGCGUUUCUUUUUCCUGGUUUGUGAUUAUUAUUCUUCAAAAUAAUAAUAAUAAAAACACCCACCAAUAGUCUAAAACGGUGUUCAGUUCAUUGCACUUUUCUUAUGUGUUUGCAUUAUUAUAAUUCAGCUGUUUAUUUCAGGAUAUAAAGAAAAUAUCCCUUUUAAUUUCCCCUGAUACGUCAUCUUAUUCGUGCCCGAUACUUUUCAGCAUAACAGUCGUAUUUAACAUUUUAAUAACAUUGCUACAGAUGUUAAUAAUUUAAAACAUUUAGAGAAAUAAAACUCAUAGUCGGGUAUAAAAAACAA